AUGGCAUCUAUUAAACAAUACAUCGUUCUGUUGAUCGCCAUUACAUCAUUUGUGUACACCUUGUAUGUUGUUACGCAUUUGGUGCAGUUUUUGUCAGCGCCCCGAAAAACUUCCAAAAUCUAUACCUGGGUCUUUAAUUUGUUGGACAAUAAAUCACGUUUGGAAACCGCCUAUGGACCCAUGGUUUUCAACACUCUCUAUCUGAUACUAUUCAUAUUUCAGCACAGUUUUAUGAAAUCCUCUUGGAUAAAAAAUGUAUUUCAAUCGAUUGGUUUGGCAUCGGCUGAGCGGUCUAUUUAUAGUUUGACAUCAUCGCUUUGUUUACAUUAUUUAAUAAAAAAUUGGAUAACUGCGUCAUCAAUUAUUCUAUGGCAAGUAGAUGUUGACACUCAUAAAUGGAUUUGGUGGUCAUUCGUUUUGUUACAUGCAUUUGCAUGGAUGAUUAUCUGUGGUGGAAGUAUGAUCAUGGAUUUGCCAGAAAUUAUAGGAAUUAAACAGGCCUACUAUGAUAUGAAGUCUUAUGCUCAGCCUUUGGCAUACAAAUCAUUCGAACUGAGACAUCUGUUUGCCCAUGUUCGUCAUCCGUCCUUUGUUGGGUUGACAGUGAUUUUAUGGGCCACAAAUCUAAUGACAUUAGAUCGUUUGCUGUUGGCCGUUAUGUUGACUUCUUAUAUGUACUUUGCUUGGUCGACAGAUCACAGCGAUUUGAUUUACCAAAAAUGUCAAUUGCAACGUAAAAAAGAAGAAUUAAAAUCUCAAUAA